GAAUCGCGAAAGUUAAACCCACAACCUGGUGAGGUCAAACACAGAAAGCGAGACCGAAGCCCUGGAAACAUGUUUUCGUUUUACCAGUCCCAUCUAGGGAGCAGAUGGGAAAAAUGGGGACUUGUGAAGAAGGUUGCCUAAGGAUCCGGGAGCCGAAGAGACCGGCUGAUUGGAAGAAAAAAGCAGGGAGAUGGAGGCGGGGGAAGUGCAAGCUCUCUGCGGGGACUGGAGCGAGUCCACGCCCGGGGCCAGCGCUGCAGAGCUGGCGUGCAUUCAACCAACGCUUCCUAGCUAAAGCAAGCCCAGGAAAGAAGGGGGAAAAGGGGGGAAGCUUUUCUCCAAAGUCUUUCCGAUCUGCAGGGUGAAAAUUGUUUGACGCCACCGUGAAGGGGGAAGACAGGAAGCUGGAAAGGGGAGACCCAGGAGGUGUCACCCUUGGGUCUGUGAAGUGGAGGAUGAACGGAGAAGCAGAUAGUCCAACUGAUUUAGAAAUGACAGCCCCCAAAAAUCAAGACCGUUGGACCCAGGAAGACAUGCUGACCCUCUUGGAGUGCAUGAAAAAUAACCUGCCCUCCAAUGACGGCAGCAAGUUCAAAACCACGGAAUCCCAUUUGGACUGGGAUAAAGUCGCCUUCAAAGACUUCUCUGGUGAUAUGUGCAAGAUGAAAUGGAUUGAGAUAUCCAAUGAGGUGAGAAAGUUCCGGACCUUGACAGAAUUGAUAAUGGAUGCUGAAGAACAUGUGAAAAACCCAUACAAAGGCAAAAAACUGAAGAAGCAUCCUGACUUCCCCAAAAAACCUUUGACUCCGUAUUUCCGUUUCUUCAUGGAAAAGCGAGCAAAAUAUGCUAAGCUACAUCCAGAGAUGAGCAACCUGGAUUUAACCAAGAUUCUUUCAAAAAAAUAUAAGGAACUCCCCGAAAAGAAAAAGAUGAAGUAUAUUCAGGAUUUCCAACGAGAGAAACAAGAUUUUGAGCGGAAUCUGGCAAGAUUUAGGGAAGACCAUCCUGACCUCAUUCAGAAUGCCAAGAAAUCUGAUAUCCCAGAAAAACCCAAGACCCCCCAACAGCUCUGGUAUACUCACGAGAAGAAGAUCUACCUGAAAGUCCGACCCGAUGCCACCACGAAGGAGGUGAAGGAAGCGUUGGGCAAGCAAUGGUCUCAGCUCUCGGACAAAAAAAGGCUGAAAUGGAUUCAUAAGGCUCUGGAGCAGCGGAAGGAGUAUGAGGGAAUGAUGCGGGAUUAUAUACAGAAGCAUCCAGAGAUGAACAUUGAGGAGGGAGCACCACCACGGUCCACCCUAACAAAAGCAGAGAGGCAGUUGAAGGACAAGUUUGAUGGGCGACCCACCAAACCCCCUCCAAAUAGUUAUUCUCUUUACUGUGCUGAGCUGAUGGCAAACAUGAAAGAUGUCCCAAGCACAGAACGGAUGGUGCUCUGCAGUCAGCAGUGGAAACUUCUUUCCCAAAAGGAAAAGGAUGCCUACCACAGAAAAUGUGAUCAGAAAAAGAAAGAUUAUGAAAUUGAGCUUUUGCGUUUCCUGGAGAGCCUGCCUGAAGAAGAACAACAGAGAGUUUUGGGAGAGGAAAAAAUGCUGGGAAUAAAUAAGAAAGGUGCCACCAGCCCUGCCUCUAAGAAGUCAUCACCAGAUGCCAGCAAGGGAGGUUCUGAAAAACCCAAACGACCCGUUUCUGCUAUGUUUAUCUUCUCGGAGGAGAAACGCAAGCAGCUGCAGGAAGAGCGACCCGAACUAUCAGAGAGUGAACUGGCACGGUUGCUGGCACGGAUGUGGAAUGAUCUUUCAGAGAAAAAAAAGGCCAAAUAUAAAGCUCGGGAGGCUGCCCUAAAAUCUCAGACAGAGAAAAAGCAUGGUUCUGACAAGGAAGAUCGUGGCAAACUUCCUGAGUCACCCAAGACUGCUGAGGAGAUCUGGCAGCAAAGUGUUAUAGGAGAUUAUCUUGCCCGCUUUAAGAAUGACAGGGGGAAAGCACUAAAGGCCAUGGAAACUACCUGGAAUAAUAUGGAGAAAAAAGAAAAACUUAUGUGGAUUAAGAAAGCAGCGGAAGAUCAAAAACGAUAUGAACGAGAACUGAGUGAGAUGAGGGCACCACCAUGUUCAACAAAUGCCUCCAAGAAGAUGAAAUUCCAGGGAGAGCCAAAGAAACCCCCCAUGAAUGGAUAUCAGAAAUUUUCUCAGGAGUUGCUUUCAAACGGUGAACUCAACCACCUUCCUCUGAAGGAGCGGAUGGUAGAGAUUGGGAGCCGCUGGCAACGGAUCUCUCAGAGCCAAAAGGAUCAGUAUAAAAAGUUGGCUGAAGAACAGCAGAAACAGUACAAAGUGCACCUGGACAUGUGGCUAAAGACCUUAUCACCGCAAGAGAGAGCUGCCUACAAAGAGCAUACCUCCAGUAAACGUAAGAAUAUGGGAAAGAUGCGAGGCCCAAAUCCAAAAAUGAAACCUUCAGUGCAAGCCAAAUCAGAAUCUGAGGAAGAGGAUGAAGAUGACGAUGAUGAUGACGAGGAUGAAGAGGAAGAUGAAGAGGAUGAUGAGAAUGCUGAUUCCUCUGAGGAGGGAGGAGACUCUUCAGAUUCAAGUAGUGAAGAGGAAAGUGAAGAUGGGGAAGAGAAUGAAGAAGAGGAUGACGAAGAGGAUGACGAUGAUGAGGACAAUGAAUCAGAAGGCAGCAGCAGUUCCUCAUCCUCUUCAGGAGACUCUUCUGAUUCGGACUCCAACUGAAUUGUCUUUCAUCUUCCACCUUCCUUACUGUACUUUAUUCGGUUUUCUUUUUCCGGAUAAUAAUAACAUUGCAGCUGGAGAUCUGGGAUGGGGAGGAAACAGAGGGGGGGGGGGGAAAUCACUGUGGUUUAAUUAACCCUUUCUUCACAAGCCUCACACUGCAUUAACAAUGUGUAGCUGUGUGGGAGAGGAGCAAGGGGCAGGAUACACAAUAGCUGACAACCAGCAGAGGGGUGUACUUUUCCUUUUUUUGUGGGUGAUGAUAGUGUGGGAAACUAAUUUCAUUAUAUAAUCCCUUCUUUCUCCCUCCCCUUAAAUCUCUGUUUAUGAGAGAUAACAGGGGUCAUUGCAAAAUCCAGACCCCUUUAACUUCUUUUCUCCUUCUCAUUUUCAUCCCUCUUUCAACCCCCAGUUCUAGCCACCAGCUUGGGACUUUGUACAAAUUCUUUUUUAAACAACAACAUGGCAAUGAGACGUUUCCCCCUUUUUUCUCCGUCAACCCCAGCAAACAGCCAAGGAGAGAUGGAUUGUGAAAGAGCACGAGCCAUGGCAAUUUGCUAGUGAGCCCUAUCAAUCCUUAAAAUGGACAAUCUUGUAUAGUCUUGAUCUUUCACAUUUUGACAAAAGAGAAAGAAAAAGAAAACAAAAUGGCUGCAGCUGCACUUAGCAAUUUCCUGUGACAAACUGGAUAUCCAGCAUUUCCUGCUGAGGGAAAUGGGGGUUGUGGGGGGGUCAUAUUUUGUGUGAGUGUGUUGCAAGGGUCAAGGGAUAGAAGAGGGACUGAAGAACAGGAUUUUUUUAUUAUUUUUUAUUUUUUUGCAAAGGGGGAAUGUCUGGCAUACUGUUGAAGAUGGAGAGAAUUUCAAGAACUCCAAGUGACUGACUUUAUUUUGCUGGAAUGGACUUUUCUGUCAUUUUUCUGACCAGCAUUUGGAUAAAAGACCGUAGUAGCCAGACCCCUUUGGGUUGAUGUUGUUGUUAAUAUAUAUAUUUUUUUUUACAAUGAAGUGACCAAUAAUUGUACCAAAAUGGGGCAUUUUGUUGACUGUCUUUGAGAGGGGUGGUUGGUUGUGGGGAUCAUAUGUGUCAUUAGCAUUUUUUAAAAAAAAUAUUUUAUAAACCAAGUAAGACAACCAUCUUUUUUUACAACAAAACGUUCCCUCUUUGACAUUAGCCUCUUUACAUGUCUUUUAACGAAUGCAGAAUCCAGUAGUUUUAAGAUCUUGAGAAAAAAUGAUUUCUGUGAGACUGUGUAAUGGAGAAAUACAGAUAUAUGCUUUUUUUCUCAACAUGUCUUGAACACACUGAGCUGAAUUUUCAUUCAACUCUGAAUAGAAAUGUGUCAGGAAAGGACCAGGCACACAAGUUUUCUUUUCCUGCCCCAAUCCCCUCUUUUCUUUAGCAUGGCUUUUAAAUAUCUGUGGAAGUUCUGUAAAUUAGGCUAUGAUUUAGGAGAAACUAGCUAAGCAUAUAAAUUACAAAUAGCCAAUUUCUAAAUCAUAGGCGAAGUUAAUAAUAUUUUGUAUGUAGGUAUUGCAAUAAAACAAAGUUAAGUGAUAACAGAAGUGAAAGAUUCCAAUCUUGGAUUUCAUAGCUACAUUGAACUUUUUAAAAGGGUGGCAAUCAUAUAAGGCAAAGGUUUGAGAAUAAGCUCCUAAAUCAUCUUCAAAUAGGCCAAUAUAUUUGGGGAAAAAAUAACAGUUACUAUCUUCAAAUCAGAAACCAUUCAUUGGACAAUUAAGUUUUUAAGACAUAACUUUUUUCUAUUUUGUUUUUUCACCUUUUUUGCUUUUUUAUUGAAAAACUUACUGUUCUUACAAUGUUUCUACAUUUUUAUAAUCACAACCAGUUAAGUAUGAUUUAGAAUAAUUGGCAACCUUAAUUUUCAGGGAUCCUGCCCAGGACUAUAGGAGGUAUGAUUGAACCCUUGCCUGGAAAGGAUUGAAACAAUAAAUUAGAUGUGUAUUUCACCUCCUAUUCACCAUGAAAAAAGAGACAGACAUUUUCAAUCCUGUCAGCUCUAGUGGCCAAAACAGGACAUGGGGAAAGACAAAUUCUGUCUUCAUUGAUAAAAGAGCCAUAAGCCACUCUGCCACCAUUUGUUCCUGAUUUUUCAUCUGGUUGACAUAAAGGAAGGGUGUGAUUGUUUCCAGGUCAAGUUUCUCUUGUUGCUUCCUUCCCUGGCUAUUGUUAACAGGCUCAGAAAAUUGUUCUGUUUCUUAAAAAGAAGCGCCAGUGUGUGAACUCUUCUGAAAAUCAGGUCUUGCUACCCUUGUCCAAGUAUCGGUUUGGGCACAGAUUAUCUAUUGUCACUUGGUGAAUAUAAAUGGACUUGAAAUCACAAUAAGUGAGCAGAGGAACUCUGUAUUUGGAUGUGCAAGCAAAACAAAUUCUACAGCACAUUUCUGUCAGUCUCAUCACUCAAAGAAAAUCCAUGUUCCAAAUAAGUGUGAUUUAGAUGGCCUGCUAAAAACCUUACAAAUAUGUGUUCGCCACACGCAAGGGAAUAUGCAUCCCAUACACACAAAAAUGUAUGCAUGCACACAUACUAUACAUAAACAUAAUUUUUGGCUUUCAGGUGGGUAAAGACAACCUUAAAACUAUGAAAUUAGAUGGGGGUCAAUACCUUUGUGACCACACUUUUCCCUUCUGAAUACUAAAGAUUAUAUUUUUGAGGACAACAGUGUGAUUUAACUAACAUAGUAUCCUAAAAUCAUCCUGCCCUUUUCCAAAUAAAUGAAGGAACAAUAAUAACAGAUGUAACAAAAAUCAGUAAAGUGAGAAGCAUCUAUGGUGACUUGGGAUUUUCUUAGGUGAUAUGCUUUUUUUUUUCCUCUGCAAGCACUUGACAGGGAAGAAUUGAAAAUUUACUAUGCUUUAAUAAUCUUUUGAAAUUUUAGAAAGUAAAGCAAUGUUAAGAUCCAGAACUUCUAAAAUCAUAGUUAAAUCUUUCAGUUUUUAUACUUUAGUUUAUAAUCAAUUAGAAAUUUCAAAUGUUUUUGAGCUAUAGCGAAAAAUGCAUUAUUGUUUCAUAACACCACUCUUUACAGAAGUAAAUGCAUCAAGGUAAAAGGAAUAAGCUAGAUUUUGGGUGCUAGGUAUUGAAUUGGGUUCAUGAAUGGCUUUCUGGGUAUGAAAGUUCAUGUUCGCUAUUAAACUCCAUAUUACGUGCUAGAAAAAAAUUAAAACUGCAUAUCUUAUGCAAUUCUAUAUGGUCAUAGUCUAUUUUGCCAGUUCUUAGUUUGUGACAUUGAAAACUAGAGUUAUAAGCAUGGAAGACCCAUCCGUUAAAUAUUAGAAUUUUUUGAAUCAACUGUUAUCCACUAAUUCUCAAAUAAGCUUUAAGAGAUGCUUUAACAAUCUCCAAUCUGCCCCCCCCCCAUUUAUUGUAACGUUCAAGUUGUAUCAAUUCUUCCCUUAAUUAUCACUUCAACAUUCUGUUUUAGAAAAUACAUGCAAAGGGGUAAUUGUGUUUUUUUAAGUUUUGCUUGCUGGUAUAAGUUUUUGUUUGCAAAUGAGUCCUGUUGAACUGAAGUAAGGGGUUAUUUUAUAUACAGGUAGUCCUCAACUUACAACAGUUCAUUUAGUGAUGGUUCAAAGUUACAAUGGCAUUGAAAAAAGUGACCUAUGACUGUUUUCACAACCAUUGCAGCAUCCCCAUGAUCAAAAUUCAUAUUACGUGCUAGAAAAUACUUGGGAGCUGACUUACAUAACUGUUGUAGUGUCCUGGGGUCAUGUGAUCACUUUUUGCAAUCUUCUGAUAAGCAAAGUCAAUGGGAAAGCCAAAUUCACUUGCUAAAUUAACUGCAGUGAUUCACAACUGUGGCAAGAAAAGUCGUAAAAAUGAGACAAAACUAAACUCAGUAACAAAAAUUUUGGGCUCAAUUGUGGUUGUAAGCCGAGGACUACCUGUACUUGCUUUUUUAGGAAAUAAAAGGCAAAAUUCCACAAGUCUAGAAUGUAUGAAAUCUCAACUCCAUUUAAAUGUUUAAGGCUUCAGGAUUUUGUAACUGCUGGGAUGGAGCUGGAACUGAAAUGAUAAGAAGCUGUAGUUGGUUUUCAUGCCAAGCUGAACAGCUCUACCCUAAUGGCAAAUGUCAUCAUUCUGGGCCCAGGUCUCCCACCAAAAAUUAAUCAAAUAUGAAUUAAAAGUAAGCAAACACAUUUACUUCCUCAAAAACAAGCCAUAUUUAUAAUACACAACUAUGCUAGGUUGACCAUCUUUAAAUUGUCUUUAUAUCUUCAGCUUUCCCCCUAAAUAUUUUUCUAGUAGCCAAUAACCCCUGCAUUUGCCUCAUAAUGGUUGUAGAGAAAAUAAUGGCUUAAAUUGAACAGCUCAAAGUUAUGUUCAGUAAAUCCUAGGUUGAGAUAAGAACAUGUGUUGCACUGUUGCAGUGGCUCCCUCAGUAAAUUACAUCCCAACCAUGUCCACUAAGCUGGUAUUGGUGGAGAUUGGUUUCCCUUUGUGCACCCGUUGGGGUGAAAAAAAUAAUUGUCACAUACAGAUAAAAUUGAUCUUAACAAUGAAGAGUCUACAUGUUUUUGUGCAUAUACAGAAAUGUACUAAGUAUAUUCAUACGAUUUAGAAAUUAUCUUCUUUCUAUCUAAAUCUACAAUGUUUUGCUCCAUGUUCUUCUGAAUGAUGUGGAAAAGUUUUAAGUAUGAUGGUUAUAGCAAGGACUAAACCUCAAUAACUUUUUUAUUUUUUCUAGCUCAGUAAUUUGUAAGAAAACCAACAGCGUCUGCAAGCAGGAAUUUAUAAAAUAAAUAUAUUUUGACUUUAA